AGGCGCGGCCGCUUGGGAAGUAUCUAUGUCGGUCUCACCCCUCGACUGGCGCGGGUCCUCUAUUUUAAACAGGGAACGUCCGAGACGAGGAUAGAGGAUCGGCAUGCAGUUCAUAUUAAAAUGGUCGCCGCCACUUGAGACUUUCUGAGAUAGCUAAUAGAUGUGGCUGUGUUCUCGUGGGGGGAAAAACAUUGCGCUCCGGUCUCGUCUCAUAGGGGUCAUAUGCGCUGGAUGAUCAGGAUAGGAUAGUCCAGAAGAAGGAGAGCUGGAAAUGUGGAAGUCGUUUGUCCCCGCGCGCAAGCUUCUGCGUAGCGGGAAGUACCUGUUGCUGGCGCUGGGUCUCUUCUGUGCCCUUGGAGCUUACCUGCAGUUAACAGCUAGUGAUGACUUGGAUCUGAUCCAACCCAAUAUCCCAAUUGACACACUGAGGGUAAGAGUUCCAGCGCGAAGAGAGCCUCUGCGAGCGCGUAGUUUAGAUUCUGAGGCAGAGGAUUCCUGGAGAACACACACUGUUCCAGCAUGGAGCGAACAGUAUAAAGGCCAAGCCAACCUGCACAUCUUUGAGGAUUGGUGCGGGAGCUCUGUCGGACAGCUCAGAAAAAACCUCCAUUACCCCCUAUACCCUCACUCACGCUCCACUGUGUCUAAGCUGGCCAUCUCUCCCAGAUGGACAGACUACGGCCUGAGGAUCUUUGGUUACCUCCAUCCAUACACAGAUGGCGAGUUUGUGUUUGCAGUCGGUUCUGAUGACAACUGUGAAUUCUGGCUGAGCUCGGACGAGUCUCCCAACAAUGUACAACUGCUUGCAGCCGUGGGGAAGAUAGGGAAAGAAUGGACUGCCCCAGGGGAAUUUGGAAAAUACGCCAGUCAAGUUUCUGAGCCAGUCCCACUUCUAAUGAAGCAUAGGUAUUUCUUCGAGCUCAUCCACAAGCAGGAUGAUAAGGGGACGGAUCACGUGGAGGUUGCGUGGCGGCCGAAUAAGGCUGAAUCGCAGUUUACAGUUGUUGACUCCCAGCACAUCUCCCUCUACACCAAUGAGUCUUCUCUGAAGAUGAGUGAUGUGUCACACAUUCCCCAAACUGUAGCCAGCCAUGUAACUCCGCCCACUAGCAGACCUCAGGCCCCGCCCCAUGUAGCUGACAUGCUGCAAGAUGACCUCAGGGACACAUUCCACCAGCUACCCCUGAUAGACCCCUUAGAGCUGACGCGUAUCCUUCCUGACUGUGCCUACAAGCCCAGCUACACCAUCAAAGGGUUCCCUCUGUCCCGCUACCAGGGGCUGCAGUUCGUCCACCUUACCUACGUCUUCCCCAAUGAUUUCACAAGGCUCACACACAUGGAAGACGGAAAUAAGUGCUUCUACAGCCGAGUCUAUCACCCCAGCCUGGGAUUUGCCUGGAACAUGGACCUGGAUGGGGUUGUUAGUGAGAACAGUUACAUCAAACCUACAGAGGAUGUCAGGCAGUCAUUGCGUGAGAGAGAGAAGAAGCUAGAAAAGCAACAAAACGAGAUACCUGACUAUGGAGAUGAUUAUGAUGACUACGCGCACCAUCGCCAGCGUAAGCUCUUUGCUCUCGAGAACAUGCUCCCACAGGAAGACCCAGCAGACGACCUUCCCAAGCAGCUAUCAUACAGAGCACGUAGGAACGGACCAGUCCAGCUGAAAAAUCCACCAGAGCGUAUAAGGAAUGGCGUCAGGGAGGAGCAGAACUUGCAAAGAAAAGGUGGGAACCCGCAGGAACAGGAACCUCAGGUAAUGCAGAAGGAACCAGUUAGAACUCAGAGACGGAACCAGAGGAAUCACCCUGAUAACAUAGAGUACAGGCAUGCACCUAAAAAAGACUUGCAUAAUCAAAACGAUGCCCAAGAAUUACUGAAGGUGGCGAUGCAGAAAAACCUUACUAAAGAGUCUCAGGGUGUCUUAGUUCACCAGAAACCUAGAAAGAAACGGAAAAGAAAGAAGAAGACGCUGGAAGAAGAACACAACAGAGGAGCACCAGGAGAGCAGAACAUUCCCAACGAGGUCCAGAAACGGUCCAGAACUCACUUAGAAGAGCCUGUUCCAGCUGUGCCUUUGAAAAGCGCACUACAGCUGAAUGCAGUGCCGUUGAAGAGGUCAAAUGGAACCCAGAACCAGCAGGGCCAUUUAAAAGAGGAUCGAGAUACUGCAGCACACAAUAUGUCUAAUAGAACCCAAAUAAAAAAUCUUUUAAAAUCACUGAAGCUAGCUGAAGCAGAACGUCUUGAACACAAGGAGGUUGAUCCUGCAAUUAGAGAAGAGGCUCCAUUUAAAUAUGAACUUGGUCAAUACAGAGGACAUGAAGAGCCAGCUAGGGAAGCUCAUCUACCAAACCGAGAAGAAAAGGCACUACAAAAAGAACCGGAUCAACCAAUCAGGGACGUGAAGGCACCCCACCAAGAUCUCGAUCAACCAAUCGUAGCUCAACCCAGAGACACUCACCUUUCAAUUGAAAAAAUCCACGUGCGACCUCACAAUGCUCACAUGCCAGUUGCAAGAGCACAGGCACCACCCGAAAAGGCACAAUUCCCAGUCACAAGAGAACAGAUACAGGACAAAAAGCCAGAUCUGCCAAAUCGAGAGGACCAGGAUCUGUCAAAGAGGGAUCAUCAGUUCAAUCGUGACGUGAAGGCACAACACAAGGACAUUGGGUUUCGGGUCGGUGAUGCACAGAACCAGAUCAACGAAGCACAGGGUCCGGUUAUAGAGAGGUCGAAUUUGCGUCAAGAGAAGUCACGACCACUAAAAGAAAGGCCACUUUAUCAAAACGAGAAUAUUCUCCAUCAAAAUUCGCAACCUGAUGAACCAGAGAACGUGCUCAAGCCAACAAUGAAGCCCAACUCCGUGAGAGAACUGGGUCAGCCCAAGGUCAGAGAACAGGGCCAGGUCAAGGUCAAAGACAAGGCGUGGGAACAGAACAACAAGUGGGAGGAGCCUCAGAUGGAGCAGGACGUGGUAAAGGAGCCAAACAUGGCAUCAAAAACAGGCCACAAGGACAACUAUGACCUGGGCAGGAACAAAGACAAACUCUACAUGGACAAAACACGCAAAAAAUCACCACUGUUGGUUGACCACGAUAUACCCAAUGAUGUUGGUGAACCCAGGAAGGGUGAGGAGUCUCGGAUGAAAGAGGAAGUAAGAAAUGAGCUCAACAGGGCAUCAAAGACAGGCCACAAGGACAAGAACAAUGACCUUGCCAGGAACAAAGACAAACUCUACAUGGACAAAGCACACGAUGGUAUACCUAAUGUUGGUGAACCCUGGAGGGACGAUCAUUUCCAGAUGGCCCAUUCACUUGUCACUGGCAACAGCAUCCACGGCAGGAGAGAGGAGGAGGACGAGGACGGGAGGGCAGAUGCACGUGACACAGACACCAGAGAUAAAGGUACCAAUGGAGAGCAGGAAGCGGAGGAUGACUGGGAGGACUGGCAGUCGAACUGGGAGUACGGCGAGCAGGAGGAGGUGCUCUUCGACCAGGAAGUGAACUGGGCACAGACCUUCCAUCUGAAGCCCGUCGACCUGCACAAGAUGCGCAACGAUUGGCUGGACCUGAACUGCAACGUGUCGGGCAACCUGCUGCUAGACCAAUCAGAGGCGCUGGUGGUCGUCCGGGCCUUCAUGGAGGAACUCAACAGGAAGAGGCCGAGGCAAUACACUCUUGUGAACGUGGUGAACGUUGAGAAGCGGGAGGAUGUGAUGAUGGGAAAUCGUUAUCUGCUGGAGCUGGAGCUGUUGAAUGCUCAGGGUCGCCAGGUGCGCGUGUCACAAUACGUCUACUACCUGCCCCGUAACCACGGAUACACAAAAAGUCGCAAGAGGCCGUUGCUAUGCAACCCAGUUGGCUUCCAGUGGAAUCCCGCGGCCAUGGUCCAUUUCAUUGUUCCAGUGAAGAACCAGGCUCGCUGGGUCCAGCAGUUCAUCUCGGAUAUGGAGGAGCUGUACCGGGUCAGUGGAGACCAAAACUUCAACAUCAUCAUCACGGACUUCGAGAGCACGGACAUGGACAUCCUCAAGAGCCUGCAGAAUGCCACGUUGCCAAACUAUCAGUACUUGAAACUGGAUGGGAACUUUGAACGAGCUGCUGGACUACAGGCCGGAAUAGAUCUCAUCAAAGAUGAGCACAGCAUUGUGUUCCUGUGUGACCUGCAUAUCCACUUCCCCGCGGGCUUCGUGGAGAGUGUAAGGAAACACUGUGUGGAGGGCAAGAUGGCUUACGCCCCCGUAGUCAUGAGGCUCAACUGUGGAGCCACACCCCAGGAACCAGACGGCUAUUGGGAGGUGAAUGGCUUCGGACUGCUAGGCAUCUACAAGUCUGACCUAGUCACUGCUGGGGGAAUGAACACUGAGGAAUUCACCAACCGAUGGGGAGGAGAAGACUGGGAGCUGCUGGACAGGAUCCUGCAGGCGGGGCUGGAGGUGGAGCGUCUGCAUCUGCGCCACUUCCUGCAUCACUACCACUCCAAGCGCGGCAUGUGGAACCGACAGAUGCUUAGGACCAGCAAACCAUGGUGAUGACCAUGACGGCGUAACCAUGGCUACUACGGCACUUUACAUACUGUACUCGACCUGUCGCAUAUGACAUGUCUGCCUGCUCUGCUCGAAGGUCAGCAGGAAGGCUGUCUGGGGUUAACUGCCAUUCCAACACUCUGGACAACCUCUCUGCUCUGCCGGCUGUUCGACAGUCUCAGGAGUUCAAUCAAGAUGAAGGGCUCAAUAUUUCGUAUCCUGUCUGGGAUGGAUUCAUCAUCCUGUUAUGGGAUGCCAGGCCUGGGAUACUGCGUCUGGGAUACUGCGACUUAGUGGCGUGGUGUCGUAUGACUUUCUACUGUGAACUCUGAGAAAUACUUGGGAGAAAUAUACUAUGUGAACAUUCAGUCCAUGUUUUUAGUUUUGAGUCAUUUUAGCUUUUUUUUAUUUAUUGUGUUUUUUUAAGAGUGUAUUUGAAUGAAUUGAAUCUCCUCUGGAUUACAUAGACAUGGACCUAUUCGCGCGCACACACAAAC